CCACCAGACCAGACACAAGUUACAGAAUUUGACAUUGAGGACAACUUCGAAGAUCAUGACAUUCCUACUAUUCAACUCAAUAUGGAAGAGUUAACUCAGAAUUUGCAGAAAAUUAUGCAAAAACAGAUGGAACUUCAGGAGGGUGAUAUGUCAAAGGCGCCGGUAGCUUUAACUCCAGCAGCAGCUUCAAUCCCUAUGCCUAAACUUAAGAAUGUGAACCGACUCAAAACGGAGCAUCAAGUCUAUGAGCUUCCAGAUUCACAUGAAUUUGACAUUGAGGACAACUUCGAAGAUCAUGAUGACAUUCCUACUAUUCAACUCAAUAUGGAAGAGUUAACUCAGAAUUUGCGGGAAAUUAUGCAAAAACAAAUGGAACUAGAGGAGGGUGAUAUGUCAAAGGCGCCGGUAGCUUUAACUCCAGAAGCAGCUUCAAUCCCUAUGCCUAAACUUAAGAAUGUGAACCGACUCAGAACGGAGCAUCAAGUCUAUGAGCUUCCAGAUUCACAUGAAUUUGACAUUGAGGACAACUUCGAAGAUCAUGAUGACAUUCCUACUAUUCAACUCAAUAUGGAAGAGUUAACUCAGAAUUUGCGGGAAAUUAUGCAAAAACAAAUGGAACUAGAGGAGGGUGAUAUGUCAAAGGCGCCGGUAGCUUUAACUCCAGAAGCAGCUUCAAUCCCUAUGCCUAAACUUAAGAAUGUGAACCGACUCAGAACGGAGCAUCAAGUCUAUGAGCUUCCAGAUUCACAUGAAUUUGACAUUGAGGACAACUUCGAAGAUCAUGAUGACAUUCCUACUAUUCAACUCAAUAUGGAAGAGUUAACUCAGAAUUUGCGGGAAAUUAUGCAAAAACAAAUGGAACUAGAGGAGGGUGAUAUGUCAAAGGCGCCGGUAGCUUUAACUCCAGAAGCAGCUUCAAUCCCUAUGCCUAAACUUAAGAAUGUGAACCGACUCAGAACGGAGCAUCAAGUCUAUGAGCUUCCAGAUUCACAUGAAUUUGACAUUGAGGACAACUUCGAAGAUCAUGAUGACAUUCCUACUAUUCAACUCAAUAUGGAAGAGUUUACUCAGAAUUUGCAGAAAAUUAUGCAAAGACGGAUGGAACUACCGGAGGGUGAUAUGUCAAAGGCGUCGGUAGCUUUAACUCCAGAAGCAGCUUCAAUCCCUAUGCCUAAACUUAAGAAUGUGAACCGACUCAGAACGGAGCAUCAAGUCUAUGAGCUUCCAGAUUCACAUGAAUUUGACAUUGAGGACAACUUCGAAGAUCAUGAUGACAUUCCUACUAUUCAACUCAAUAUGGAAGAGUUUACUCAGAAUUUGCAGAAAAUUAUGCAAAGACGGAUGGAACUACCGGAGGGUGAUAUGUCAAAGGCGUCGGUAGCUUUAACUCCAGAAGCAGCUUCAAUCCCUAUGCCUAAACUUAAGAAUGUGAACCGACUCAGAACGGAGCAUCAAGUCUAUGAGCUUCCAGAUUCACAUGAAUUUGACAUUGAGGACAACUUCGAAGAUCAUAUUCAGUACUGUUUUUGGCGAGGCUUUGUCUGUGUAAGGGGAUUUGACCGGAAGACGAGAGCACUGCGUCCUCUCAUUGCCAGACUUCAUUUCCCAGCCAGUAAGUUAAAAAAGAAAUGCAGUACUCCGCAGGGAAUAUGCUCGGCUACAGUGAUUUUUGAACUGGCUAAGCUUAAAAAAUUUAUGUAUAAGCAAUAUGUUACCGGACGAAUGAAUCUUGGCAAAGGGGGUUUAUUUUUUAUCGAUGGACCUAGAGGUACUGGUAAAAUCAUUUUAGAUCAUGCACUCCUAGCAAUGACAAAUGAAUGGAAAAUCUUCAAUAUUUCAUGCAUCAGAAUUGAUUUGAUAUGCCAAACUAAUGAAGUACUAAUGACAAUCCCAACGGUGGAAAGAACUCACAAGGAACGUAUUAGAAAAUUCGUCCCUUAUGAGGCGUAUUGUUCGGGUAACAGAGAACGUGAAGAAUUUGCAGUCAAUUGA